UCAAGGAAGGAAAUGUCAUUCAAAUUGGAAAUUUAUACGAAUUACAAAAUUGUCCUGUUGUGUUUAUGUUUAUAAGUAUUUAUUUGAAAUUUUAAUUACUUAGUUUAAAGUAAAAGUGUGAAACACUAGCAGAAUUUAUAGAAAAGCGAGUUAAGCUAACAUUAAGCUAACACAAGCUACAGAAAUGGAAGAGGCAGGGUUCCCGGGGCAACACACCACCACCACGGUGACGUCCAGCACCACUGUGCAGACCAACAUACGCUUCGACCCCUCUUAUAUUAAGACUGUCCCGGGUAUACUGAAGGUUAUACAAGUGGCGUGUAGCUUGCUGGGCUUCGUGUGCAUCCUGGUGUCGAAGUUCGGCGUGCUGAGCCAGGGCACGUACUUCAACUGGAUCGCCAUGAUCGCCUUCUGGUUCACGGGCAUCCUGCUGGGGCUGUACCUAUUCCACCUGGUGGAGAAGUUCUACAAGAUCCCGUGGCUGAAGAUCGAGUUUGUGUUCACGGCGCUCUGGACGCUGCUGUAUCUGAUCGCCGCCAUCUUGGUUGGCACCGCGUACUACGACAACGCGCACACGGCUGCCACGUUCUUCGGCUCGGUGGCGACGGUGGCGUACGCGCUGGACGCGUUCCUCAAGUACACGGCGGUGCGCGCGGGCGGCCUGGCGCAGGGCUCCCGCGUGGUGUCCAAGCAGACCGCGUCCGUGAGCCCGCCGCGCGAGGGCUACUAGCCGGGACUCCGCCGCCGACGGCUACGCGGACUGCUUCAUUCGCUGCGACAAUUAACCGCCCGUUUUAUAGUAUAGAGUUUAUGGCGAGCGAGCAAAUCUUAUACUAAGGCAGUACUACAGCACUCAAGCACGACUGCAACGCACGGAAAUUUUCGACUGGUUUCGAUUUGUUAUUAACUUAACUACUUACACUGUUUCAUUAUUGUUUUUGUUGAUAUAUAAUUAUUGUUAAAAUUUUUACAUAAAAAUCAUGACACAACUAAUGUUGAAUUUCGUUGCUAUACCGCGUAAGUAAAUUAACGCAGUUUUCAGGGCGUAAAUAAACUGUAUUUCUAUCAUCCGCGUAAGUAAAUUAACGCAGUUUUCAGGGCGUAAAUAAACUGUAUUUCUAUCAUCCGCGUAAGUAAAUUAACGCAGUUUUCAGGGCGUAAAUAAACUGUAUUUCUAUCAUUAUUUUAUAAAGGUUUAUCAUGCAAUUUUUGUAUUAAAAUAUAACAGAGUGUUUUUGCAUCUCCUUAAAACUAUGCUUAUUUGACUUGCGUGGUACUUUAAGGCGACGAUCGAUCGAUUUUAUUUUCAUUUUUAUACAAAGUAACUUCGGUAAGUGUACUUUUUAAAUAUUUUUAUAUAGAUAAUGUUUAAUCUUAAGUUGUAUACAAAGCCUCAACUAAACUAAAAUAUUGCAACUGUUCCCUGUUUAAUUAUUUGAUUUGAUUCAAUUAUUCCAUGACAAAUAGGUACGUAAAACCUAGCACGCAUGUUGCGAUUAUAUGUAAGUAAGUUUUAGUUUAGUUAAGGAUUUGUACCAAUCACAAAUCAGCACCUAUUAUACAUUUAUGUAUACCGAAAUAGCUAUAAUGAUAACUAUUUUAUAAAAAGAAACAAUAAACGGCGACAUUUUUAUCAUCUUACAAUCGGCAACUACUUUUAUGAAUGUUGAACAAGAGUGAACCAACCACCGAAACUGUAAUACCGCGUAGAACUGCCGCUGCACCGCGCCUUUUGCAGUAUCUAUAGGAUGUUUCUCAUUGCACCCAAGUAAUUAUUCAUUACUUAUUGAAAUAUUUGUAACCCAUCAACAUUUCACAAUUAUCUGGGCCGUUGAAAGACGAAUAAAAAGUCGUCUGUAUGUAUAAGGGCCACCGCUCAUUGCGUUUUUUUUGGUCGCCAAGUGGAGUGCUAUGAACAGAUACGGAAGUGUGCUCGCUGUAGAUACAUCGCAAAACGGCGACAAAUAGUUCCAGCAACCGAUGACUCUGGGGUACGUGCGCCCACAAAUCAUGGCAAGUUGUUUGAAAUUCAUGUAAGGAAUCGGGGCGUUUUGUCGCUCAGUUACAUUUAACAGUCGGUAACACAGAGGGCGACA